GGCAAAUGAACCAGUUGGGCUGUGAGCUGUGAAAGUGACACAGAGUCGGCGCUUCGACAGAAAUGGUGUCGCCAAUGGCAGCGGCCGCAGAAGUGAUACUUGCCUGCUUAUGGGGUAUUUUGUGUUUAGUCUCACACUUCUUCGUGAUGCACGCCGUCACAAUUUUGGUGCAUUGUCAGGGGUCCAGGGUGCUUGACGAUUGACCAGGCGCCUUUCUAUUGCGAGUCUUCGCCAUGGGAGCUUCCGCCAUCCCCAUGGACUGGUGAGCUAAACUUAUCUAUAUACCCAGAAGGCGCCUCCCGGCCGCGUUGUCAAAACCUGCCCCUCCCAAUUCCAACCUCUCCAUUGAUAUAUACCCCCUGAUCCCGCCGUUAUCGACUGGUUCGCGACUUUGUGGCUCGAUCAUCAACUCAUACAUACAUACACAGGGCGCAUUCCAAAUCUGGAGCUCGUUCCUGCAGGCGCAGAGCACAGCAGCAACCAUCAUGGCGACGAGCACUUCGGCCUUCCCACUUGCGACCGAGUCAUCGUACCCGGGUGAACAGGACCCCCUGACCGGCAGUGAUGCUGGUGCCUCUGGACAUAGCACUGGAGGCUUUGCCAUUUCUCGUGGUGCCAUGGUUGCAAUCAUUGUCGUCGUCUGUGUUGUCGGCGUGAUCGGAAUCUGCUCGUCGAUUCUCUUCUUCGUCGCAAAGAAGAGAGAAUGGAAGGUCCGGGAGAGGAUUCGCAAGUCAGCCAGGAAGGUCGUCACCGCGUUGACCCCUCGACGGUCAGAGUUUCCCAGGUCGGUCAAGGAAUCUAGCGGCCGGGGUCGAGGAGGCCGUGAAAGGCUUGACGACGUGCCACCAACACCUCGGAUCAAACCCGACGACCUUGAAAAAGGCCUCGGCAUGACCGACAAGAAGCGGAUCAACUUCAGUCGAAAGUGAUCCUGCUAUUUAUUGGCCAGGAUGGCAGCAAACGACACUUGGGAAACAUCGGUACGCCUUGAUGGUGUGGCAGGCAGCUCCACGAGUUGAAUCGAAGACCGCUCGCGUGGAGAGAUGGACCGAACAUGAUGAAAUGACGUGUGCAGCCGCAAGGAAAGGUUAUCAUCACUGUUAUGACGUGUGUAUUAUAUACGGUAUGCAACUUCGCUGGGCGUCUCAGCAUAAGCGUUCUAUAGUCGUCGGAAAGUGUUAUUACUCGCGCUUCGUCUUGGGUCCGACCGGUUCUUUGUGGGAGCAGGAGGCUGAGGUUGUCCAGGUCUGGCUUUCUUUCUCGACUCCGGGACAAAUGUUACUUGUC